ACUUAUCCUUCUUUCCCUAAAAUUUGCAAAGGGAAGAUGGUUAAGUUAUUUCCUCUUAACAAUAUUACUAAGCUCUUUAUCAUCUCUUUCUUAGUACUUGUUCUAGCAAAGCCAAAUGCAGCAAAGAGUGUAGUAAAUUUCGGGGCAAGGCCCGAUGGCCGGACCGACUCAACCCAAGCCUUCCAAAAGGCAUGGUCUUGGGCUUGUAGAUCGACAAGGCCGGUCACACUCAUUAUACCACAUGGAAAAUUUGUGGUCCGACCCAUGUUCUUCAACGGUCCAUGUAGGAAACAGGUCACCUUAAGGAUAAAGGGUACAAUCAUCGGGCCAUCGGAUUACCGGGUUUUGGCCCGGUCAAGUGUAUGGUUAAUGUUUUACAAUAUUAAUGGUCUUGUUAUUAAUGGUGGUACCCUUGAUGCUAGGGGUCACGACUUUUGGUCAUGCAGACAUCGUAUAGGGUAUUGUAACAAUGGAGCACAGUCUAUAUCAUUUGUAUCAUGCAAAAACGUAGUGUUGAAUGGAUUGAAGUCACUGAACAGCCAAAAGAGCCACAUGAGUAUAAAGAACUGCAACAAAAUAAAUCUCAAUCACUUGACACUUAGAGCUCCGAGUGGGAGUCCUAACACUGAUGGCAUUAACGUUCAACACACUAAUCACUUUACCAUUUAUGGUUCACUGAUUAAGACCGGAGAUGAUUGUAUUGCCCUAGGACCUGGCACCCAAAACGCCGUCAUUAAUAAAAUUGCUUGUGGUCCUGGCCAUGGUAUUAGUAUUGGUAGCAUGGGAAACAGCCUACGAGAAUCUGGAGUAGAAAAUGUAUUAGUGUCAAACGUAGGGUUUUGGAAGACAACAAAUGGUGUAAGAAUCAAGUCAUGGGCUAGACCUAGCAACAGUUUUGUCCGUGGCAUCACGUUUCGAAAUCUCAACAUGUACAAUGUUUAUAAUCCUAUCAUUAUUGAUCAAAAAUAUUGUCCAAAUAACCAAUGCCCUCAUCAGAAUUCCGGAGUGAAAAUUAGUAAUAUAAAGUACAUAAAUGUAAAAGGUGUAUCAAGAACCAAAGAAGCAAUAAUAUUUACUUGUAGUCCAAGUAAUCCAUGCACAGGGAUCAAGUUGAAAGAUGUUAGGUUAACUUUUGGGAAUAAACCAGCAAUAUCAAAGUGCAGCUAUGCUCGUGGAAGUAGUCGAGGCAAAGUUACCCCUCGAAGUUGCUUAUAUUAGAACUCAUUUCUUAUGAGUUAAUUACACAUUGUUACUAUAAAUUAAAGAAGCUUGUUUUUAAUAUUUUAGCUUCUUGAUUAAACUUAGCUUAAUUGUAUGUAUAAACUUCAAUGAUUGAUGGCUUAUAUAUAAAUGGAUGUUUUAUUAUUACAUUAGGGCCGGGCUCUGUUUGUUUUAGUUGUAAACAUUUAAUGGAAAACUAUAAUUUUUCAUUGUAACGUUUUUAAUUAAGGGAUAGCAUAAUUGUAAAAAUGAUUUCUCUUAGUUUGUAUGAUUACAAGAAAACUUAUGGAGGAAGAAGUAUAUGAGAGUGUAAAAGAGGAGAUGAAUGAGACUUAUCUAACAAUUUGUUGUAGUCUUGAGGAUGAUUUUCAUCUAAUUGUAUUUGAUAAAUUGAUAAAUUUGCGAUUCCACGCCACAUGCAUAAUAUUUCACCAAUGAAACAAUUUCACUUAAAAAAAGAGAAGCAAAUCCUCCCUCAAAAGAAGAGAACAAAAAUCCUGUCUUUCUAACGAAGAAAAAAAGAUCCUCCUAAAGAUUGAAAGAAAAACUUUGUCUUUCAAGGAAGAAAAACUCAAAAAGUUUAUACAUACAAUUAAGCUAAGUUUAAUCAAUAAGCUAAAAUAAGCAUUAUUGAGUAUGUAGGCUAAAAGAAUAAGCAUCUAACCAAAAAAAAAAAAAAUUGAAUUUGUGAAAAUGAAGAAGAGCCUAAUUAAGGAAUGACUUAGGGCAUGUUCAGCAGUAUUUUUUAUGUAGUUUAAAGGUAUUUUCACCAAGUCAAA